CCACUAAACUUUUUUAAUGUACAAAACAACACCUGAAUAAAUACAUCAGAAUAAAGAUGUAUUUAAAACAAUCAAAGUUUUUGGCCUAUCUCCUUAUUUAAACCUAGCUCCCACUAUCUAUGAAAGAUACGGCUUUAAACACUGUGUCUUUGUUCAAUGUUUCCUUCGGAUCAAAUUGAUGGCUAUCUGUACGAAAUCUCUGAUAUUCCCCAUCAUGAAGAUUUUGUGCGACAAAAUCUCACAUCUGGGGAAUCCGUAGAGGGAAGUCAUCUAACACGGAGAACGGGAAAAGGCGAAGGACUUAAAAGUUUAGCGGUGGCCAACAAUAAUGAUGCCAAUUAUGCUGUUUCUGCCAAUGAUGCUAAGAAGAUAGUUCGCAAGGAAAUCGAACGGGAAAGGAGACAGCAAAUGGGCAAACUCUAUCAGAAACUUAGAUCACUGCUCCCUCCUGAGUCAAUAAAGGGAAAGCGAGCUGCGUCCGAUCACAUGAACGAGGCAGUGAAUUACAUAACAUAUAUGAAAAAGAGGGUCGGGGAAUUGAGUAUCAAAAGAGAUAAGGUCAAAAAAUUAUCUAAUCGGAGUGCCUUGGAUCUAGGGAGUAGUAGUGCUAGUUCAUCAGGUAUCAGCUCGUGUGUUGCAGUCCAUCCUUUCCGGGGCGGAGUAGAGAUUAUGAUAAGUAGUGGCUUUGAAGACCAAAGCUGGCAUCUCUCCACGUUCCUGCAAGCUAUCCUUGAAGAGGGGCUUGACAUUGUCCGUUGUGUUUCCAGCCAAACAAUUGAAGGGUUGUUGCAUACUGUUCAGUCAGAGGUUACUGAUCCAACACAAAUUGAUCUAUCCCGGUUGCAAACCAAGCUAAAUGAUUUGAUAUCCUACCAUGAUAAUGCUGGCUGCGGUCGCUGAUUUAUUGGCUUGCAAGUGGCAAGGGAGUUCCAUAUUGUGAACUGCCAUAUCUAGUAGAUAAACUUAGGGUUUACUUCGGUGCUUUGUUUGGCUUAUUCGGUACUAGUGUUGUUGGUGGGUGCUUAUGUGUGGAUUUUGGAACAAGUAUUUGUAUUCAAGUAUUCAACUCACAUUAGAUAUGGUAACUUUCUGUGUUAAGUUGAUUACUAAUACAGCAUUUGUUAAACAAUCGAACCUAGUUGUGUUUGCCUUGGUACUAUUAUAGACAGCAUUGCUAUGGAAGAAAAUAUUGAUGUGUUUAAUAAGACUAGAAAUGUAGGAUUUGAAUUGAAGACGAGAAAGGUGAAGUCUGGGAGUCUGGGCUGCUCAUAGGAACAAUUUGGAAGCAGAAAUCCAGAAUAAAGUCGAUUACGGAAUUCCGGGUUGCUGUUGGGAGGGUUUGAGUUUCAGUUUCAUCAGAGAAACCUUAGGUGUUGAGUUGUGAUGAACUAUUGGGUUUGUUUCAGAUUUCUUUUAUGCAUAUGAUGAUAGGAAGAUUGAAAAA